AUGGCGGUGAUUCUUGGUAUGGGCAAUCCCCUCCUCGACAUCUCGGCAGAGGUGACGCAGGAGACCUUUGACAAAUAUGGCUUGGUCCCAGGAAAUGCGAUUUUGGCGGAAGACAAGCACCAGCCUUUGUUCAAGGAGCUUGCAGCCAAGCCAGAUGUGCUCUACGUGGCUGGUGGAGCCACUCAGAACAGCAUCCGCGUGGCGCAGUGGAUGUUGCAGGAACCCGGAAAGACAGCCUACAUGGGCUGCAUCGGGGAAGACGAGUUUGGCAAGAAGCUCACCGAUGCAUGCAAGAAGGACGGCGUGGAUUGCAAAUACAUGAUUGACAAGACUACCCCGACUGGUGCCUGCGCUGUCACCAUCAUGAACAAGGAGCGAUCGCUCACGACCAACUUGCAUGCGGCCAACAACUACAAGGUGGAUCACCUGAAGGCCAACAUGGCCACGUUGAGCGCGGCGAAGAUCGUCUACAGCGCAGGCUUCUUCAUCACCGUCUCCCCGGAGUCCAUCGAGAUGGCCUCCAACGAGAUGUUGAAGACCGGUGGCACUUAUUGCCUGAAUUUGUCGGCGCCCUUCAUCGUCCAAGUGCCUCCCUUCCGAGCCGUGCUGGAGAAGACCUUGCCUUGCUGCGACUACCUCUUCGGCAACGAGACGGAGGCCCAGGCCUACGCGGAGGCCGUUGGCUGGGACACCCAGGACGUCGAAUUCAUUGCCACCCGCUUGUCCUUGGUGCCAAUGGCAGGCAACAAGCCAUACAGAAAGGUCGUCAUUACCCAGGGAGCAGAUCCCACUGUGGUGGCCAUUCGGGGUGAGGUCAAGAAGUACCCCGUGAUUGCGCUGCCCAAGGAGAAGCUGGUGGACACCAAUGGCGCCGGCGAUGCCUUUGUCGGGGGCUUCCUGGCAGCCUUGGCCAAGGGAAAGGACAUGGAGGUCCGGCCGGAUAGAGCGGUCAGGGCUUCGCGCGCCGCGCGCGUUCGUGAGAGCUUCCCCCUGCGGUGCUGGUCCGCUUGGCGGUAG